GAAAGAGUUAUGGUCGCAUAUGGUGCCAGAAUGGCAAGCAGCUUACAUGGACUAUACAUCUCUCAAAGCCAUACUUGAAGAUUUCAAACUUUUUAAACUCAGGAAUCCACAGCAACAUCAGGAGGAUCAUCAUAACGGUGGAGUUGCAGAAGUGUAUAGAACAUUCAGUGGUCUGUUAAUUGCACGUAGCAUCCCCAGCGUCACCAACUCCUCUAAAGUCACCUCUUCUGCAUCUAACUUAUCUUCUGCUGCUACUACAACAACUACGACGAACCGCCAUCACCAUCACCAUCAUCAUGGGAUAUUUCACCAUGAAGAGCCAGCCAUUUUAGUGCACCGUGUGGCGCACCGGCAAACUGAUCAUGACUUAGAACAUGGAGGACCCAAUGAGGUUCAUCAUGAAAAUUUUGACACGAAGUUGUUGAAGCCAGACGAAUUAGGAGGAGAAUUUGAAUUAGCAUUCUUCAGAAGGCUUGAUGAGGAAUUCAACAAAGUUAAUAACUUUUAUAGAGACAAAGUUGAUCAGGUUAUGAAUGAAGCUGCUGUGUUGACUAAACAAAUGGAUGCUUUGGUUGCUUUUAGGGUUAAAGUCGAGCAUCCUGAAUCUGAUCAAGGAAAGUUUGAGCAGCUCUGCAGGGAAAUUGCUAAAUCUGCUUCCGCCUUCUCUUUCCUUUCACCAGCCUCCAGUAAAACUGAACUGGCGCAUAUGGAUGCAAUUGAAGAAAGCAAUGAACAAAGCGUUAGCAACCGUGGAAACCGAUCAGAAGAAAGUGAGCUAAGCGAAAACGAUUGUGCGAAUGGUGAUCAAUCUAAUAAACAAGAAACGGGUGUAAAUGGAGAACCUGACGCGUCUAUAAACGAAAUCCUGAACAGUGUUACGAUCAAUAAAAUCGAAACUCCGGUUUCGACUAUCAAAGCAAUAAUCAGUAAGAACAGAAAUAAUAAUGAAGGAUUGCGUUUCAACAGACGAAAUCUAAAGAUAGUUGAAGAACAACUUAAGUCUGCAUUUGUUAAUUUCUAUCACAAACUUCAACUUCUGAAAAAUUAUAGUUAUCUGAACCUCUUAGCAUUUUCGAAGACCAUGAAGAGAUAUGACAAGAUAACUUCACGGCAUGCAUCGAAAAUAUACUUGAACAUGGUGGAUAACUCCUACAUCGGCAGCUCUGACGAUGUUUCUAGGCUCAUGGACAGAGUAGAGUCUUCAUUCAUCAAACAUUUCUCUAAGUCAAACCGCGGUAAGGGCAUGCACAUCUUGAGAUCCAAAAAGAAGAAAGAAAGACACUCCACAACAUUUUCCUCAGGUUUCUUUUUCGGUUGUACAAUAUCACUUCUGAUAUGCCUUAUUUUGGUCAUAAACGUCGGCAAAAUCUUUAAGAAGCAGAGCUUUACUCAGUACAUGGAUACCAUGUUUCCUCUCUAUAGUUUGUUCGGAUUUCUAGUUCUACAUAUGCUCUUGUAUUCAGCAAAUAUAUACUUUUGGAGGCGUUACCGAGUCAAUUAUCCAUUUAUAUUUGAAUUCAAACAAGGAACGGAGUUGGGAUACAGGGAAGUCUUUCUACUAAGUACAAUUCUUGCAACAGUUUCACUUGCCAGUGUACUUGCCAACCUAAACCUGGAAAUAGAUCACACAGCAACCAAGUACAAACCGCUCAAGGAGCUACUUCCUCUAGCAUUAGUUUCUGCUGUAAUACUGAUAACAUUUUGUCCGUUUGACAUUGUAUUUCGCUCUAGUCGUAUCUUUCUGUUAAGAACCACGCUCCAUUGUCUUAGUGCUCCUCUCUACAAGGUCAGUCUAUCAGAUUUUAUGUUAGCAGAUCAGAUGAGUAGCCAGGGUCAAGCUCUUAGAAACGUUGCGUUCUACAUCUGUUACUAUGCUUCGGGUGACUAUAAAACGAGGGAAACCAGCUGCAAAACAAACAACGUUUACAACUCAUUCUAUAUCAUGUUAGGUGCUUUUCCGUUUUGGUUACGUGCAUUACAGUGUUUUCGACGAUACUUUGAAGAGAAAGACCAGACACAAGGAUAUAACGGGUUCAAAUACUUAAGUAUUGUUCUGGCCAUUCUUAUGACAACAGCUUACAGUAAGCACAAUACAACAGCAUUGUGGGUACUGGCUUGGAUCUGCUCAACUGUUGCAACUAUUGUGGCUAUAUAUUGGGAUCUUGUCUUGGACUGGGGACUACUACGGAAAAACUCGAAAAACCCUUGGUUGAGAGACAAACUUCUAGUAUCAUACAAGAGUGUCUACUUUGCAGCCAUGGUAUCAGAUGUGUUUUUGAGAUUUGCCUGGCUACAGACAGUGUUGAACAUUCAAUUACCUUUUUUACACAAGGAAGCUAUGGUUACUGUUGUUGCAUGCCUGGAGAUCAUUCGUCGCGGUGUAUGGAAUUUCUUCAGGAUAGAGAAUGAACACGUAAACAAUGUCGGGAAGUUUCGUGCAUUCACAAAAGUGCCUCUUCCUUUCAACUAUGAUGAGGAUGAAGAUGAUAAAGAUGACUAGCCAUUUCCAAAAAAGAAGAGCUUCAAUGCCAUGAUCAAGGGAUAUUAAUAUUAACCUCUGAUAGCAAUGUAGAAGUUCAAGAAUGGCCAGUUGGGCUGACUACCGAUCAACAACAAUAUACAGUUUGUUUGUAUGUUUCUAGAUAUAUAAAAGAUGAUUUAAUAUUUUUUAUUUAGUGUCCAUCAAAAAACAAAACAAAACAAAAAACUUAGUGAGUCCAAAGGAUAUUUAAGAGUAUCUGAUGAUGUUU